AGGAAUCCCCGGUCCGGCGGGAGGGUGGCGGGACGCGGCGGGCGCCUGCAGAUAAUGCCAUGGACGGGGGGGCUCAGCAGAGCGGCCCCCGGGAGCCCCCCGGACCGGGCGGCACGGAGCAGGAGGGGGUCCCCGGCGAGCGGGAUGGGGGCGAGGGGCCACCCGAAGUCAAGCGCUCCCAGCCCCUCUUCAUCCACGGCAGCAGCCGGCCGGCGCUGGAAGAGGAGCCACGUGCCUCGUCGCUGCCCACCAUCCCCAACCCCUUCCCCGAGCUCUGCAGCCCCUCCAACUCGCCCAUCCUCAGCAGCACCCUGGGGCAGGGGCCCCCCCGCGAAGGUGCCUCCCACGCGGUGAAGGUGUUCGGCGAGGACGGCGCGUGCCGCUCGCUGGAGGCGUCGGCGGGGACCACGGCGCGGCAGCUCUGCGAGACCUUGGUGCGGAGGACGCGGGCGCUGCAGGACCACAGCUGGGCCCUGGUCGAGCUGCACCAGCACUUGGCCUUGGAGCGGUGCCUGGAGGACCACGAGUCGGUGGUGGAGGUGCAGAGCUCCUGGCCCCCCGGCGCCGACAGCCGCUUCGUCUUCCGCAAGAACUUCGCCAAGUACGAGCUCUUCAAGAGCAACGCGCAGUCCCUCUUCCCCGAGGUGAUGGUGUCCAGCUGCCUGGAGGCGAAUAAGAGCAUGGCACACUCCGAGCUCAUCCAGAACUUCCUCAAUUCCGGGAGCUGCCCCGAGGUCCAGGGCUUCCUGCAGCUGCGGGAGGCUGGGCGCAAGGUCUGGAAGCGUUUCUACUUCUCCCUGCGCCGCUCGGGGCUCUACUACUCCACCAAAGGCACCUCCAAGGACCCCCGGCACCUCCAGUACUUCGCUGACCUCACCGAGUCCAACAUCUACUACGUGACGCAGGGCAAGAAGCACUACGGAACGCCCACCGAGUUCGGCUUCUGCAUCAAGCCCUACAAGGUGCGGAGCGGCGUGAAGGGGCUGAAGCUGCUCUGCAGCGAGGAUGAGCAGAGCCGGAGCUGCUGGAUGGCGGCUUUUCGCCUUUUCAAGUAUGGCAUGCAGCUCUACCGCAACUACCAGCAAGCGCAGGCGCGGCUGAGCCAGCCCCCCUGGAUCGGCCCCACGCCCCUGCGAAGCGUCUCGGAUAACGCGCUGGUGGCCAUGGACUUCUCGGGGUGCACGGGCCGGGUGAUCGAGAACCCCAGUGAGGUGCUGACAGUGGCGCUGGAGGAGGCGCAGGCCUGGAGGAAGAAGACGACGCACCGGUACAGCUUGCCGGCAGCCUGCCAGAGCUCCCCGCUCAGCGCCGCCAUCCACCGCACCCAGCCCUGGUUCCACGGGCGCAUCUCCCGGGAGGACACCCAGCAGCUCAUCGGCCGGCAGGGCUUGGUGGAUGGCGUCUUCCUGGUGCGGGAGAGCCAGCGCAACCCCAAGGGCUUCGUCCUGUCCCUGUGCCACCUGCAGAGAGUCAAACACUAUCUCAUCCUGCCGAGCGAGGAGGAGGGACGGCUCUACUUCACCAUGGACGACGGGCAGACCCGCUUCGCCGACCUCAUCCAGCUCGUGGAGUUCCACCAGAUCAACCGCGGCAUCCUGCCCUGCAAGCUGCGGCACUACUGCACCUGCGUGGCCCUCUGAGCCUGGCACGGCUCAGCACGGCCCGGCACUGCUGGCGUGCCACAGCCCAGCCCAGCACCACCAGCACGGCUCGGCACAGCCCGGCACCACC